ACAAUUUUCUCAUAUAUAUUACAAAAAUUUUUGACAAUUAGAUGCCCAUGCAUCUAUCAACAUUAUAUCUCUAAUGAGGACAGUUCAUUAGGAAAACCUACAAAAAUGGUGUUUGCUUUCUCUUAACUUCAUUUGAAAAAAACGCCCUACUUAAUCAUCCGCCCGUAAAAGUUGAUUAUUAUCAAAUAUCCCCGCCACCACUCACAGUGUAAUCCAUAAACAAAAGCCCGCACUGAUCAAUGCUCCAUCCACUAUGGAUAAUGGGUCGGCGACAUUUAGACAGCUGUCUUAAACCCAGUUUAAGAACUUAAGAUCCCUGGGAAUUUGGCAGCUUUUUUAGCCACAAGGUUGCUCCCAGCAAAAUCUUGUACAUGACACAUCAUGAUUUCCACUUUGUAUUUUUUAAAACUAAUUAUUUCCUCUCUAAUUUACAGUCUCUUACUCUCUUAACAUGGAUCGCAUUCAGACUAUAAAUAGCUUAACUCUGUGUCUCCUGAACGCCAUUACUCAAUGCUGGUCAUCCCCUGAUUCCAGAAGCUCGUACUGAGAGUUCAACUGCACUCAUAUUUACAUCCAAAUUGCUCCCCCAAGGCUUCUUCACUUUGUGCCUUGUUUCUUGUUCUACGUUGUUGAAAAUGUCUUCUUUCAGUUUUACAGCUCUUAUGAUUGCUUUACUUGUUACCAUGUCAGCGGUUGUAUCUGAAAGCCGGGUUGCGAGAAAAGACCUCGGCCUGGAUCUUGGUGGCAUAGGACUUGGGGUUGGAGCAGGGAUAGGCCUUGGCUUGGGAGGUGGUAGUGGUUCAGGAUCAGGAGCUGGGGCUGGUUCCGGUUCAGGUUCAGGGGGUUCUAGUUCAAGCUCUUCAUCUAGUUCAGCAUCAUCCUCCAGUUCAUCUGGUGGGUCUGGUGCAGGUUCUGAAGCUGGUUCAUCCGCAGGUUCUUACGCUGGGUCUCGAGCCGGGUCUGGUGCAGGUUCGGAAGCUGGUUCAUCUGCCGGUUCCUAUGCUGGCUCUCGAGCUGGGUCAGGACGAGGCCGUGGGAGAGGCAACGGCAACUAAUUAAAUUAAGCACUCCUUGCUAAAAAAAAUGUAUGGGGGAAUCAAAUAAUUAAAAAUGAAACUGAUCACCACCUCUUGUCCAUGAAUAAAUAUGGUGAUGAGUGAUUAGUGGUUUUCUGUUGAAGUCACUUAGGUGUACCUCAAGUGGCAAUUAGUAUGGUGUUGCCUACUUCCAAUAUAUAUUUCUGUUACUUUGUUAUUCAGAUUUUACAGUUUUACUUUUAAUUAGAGAGUCAAAUUAUCAAAUCUCACUUCAUAUGUAAUAUUAUUUAUAUUAAUAAAGUAGCAUAAAUUGCUGGAAUAA